AUGAAAAUUAUAAAUUGCUCUUGGGACGAAAUCAUGAUUCAGACUCAUGAUUUUUGAAGCUGAGCUACCACUAACAUGAUUCAGAGCAACCAUUUUCAUGAGCUCCAAAUCAUGACCAUGAAAAGCGUUACGCACACGGUGCAGCUGUCAAAACGUGUUUAGCAAAGCUUGUGCAAAGCAUAGUUGGCUGCGCAUUCACGGAAAAGUUGCCCUUUUUUUUUAAAAAAAAGUUCACUUUUAUUGCCGGUUUCCUGCGCCGCUGUUGCUCUAAUGUCGUUCCUGCUCUACUAUUCCGUUCCUGCUCCGUUGAUAUCGAGCUAUUCCGGCUCUGCAGAACUACCGCCGUUUCAUUCUGUUCCUUUCCUGCCGUGGCUGUUGCCCGUUCCGGCUCCUGUGUACCCGUUCCGGCUCCGCAUUGAGGGAAAAUUCUUCCGGCUCCGCUCUACUAACUACCGCCGUUUUAUUGUCCCAGUGCCACUGUCGCCAUUCCCGCCGCGGCUGUUGCCGUCCAAUAGGUGCAUCCGUUCCGGCUCCGCAUUGAGUGACCAGCUCCGCCCUACUAACUACCGCUCCCGAUUUUGUUGCCGUUCCGGACGUUUCGUUUUCAGCCUUGGCUGGUUCCGCCCAGUAGGUGUUCCCGUUCCGACUUCCCCCACAACUACCGGUAAGUGUUACAAAAUGAAUCUAUUUUUGCAUCUGCAAUGGAAAUCAAAUGCUGACCACUUUCCACUGCCUUCUAAUUCGUAAUUAGCUUCCAUUUCCAUUGCUGUUUUGGGUGCCCCAUUCCCACUCCUACUAUCCUGUCCAUAAUCAUAUAGUCGACGUAAGCACUACUGUAGUUUUCAACACAAUCUCUGUUGUCUAGCAACAAAUAAUACAAAUUUAAAUAUUUUUAUCAGGCAGACAUUCAAUCUGCCGCUCUACACAUAAUUUUCCCAUGUUAGUUUUUGACUCUUUCUUUCUGUCUCGACGUUCCUACUAAAAUUUGGCCUGCCUCUUCAACUCAGUGUUCCUUUAGCACUUCAUAGUAAUUAAUUGAAGAGAUUUCUUU